UCGUCGCCACUACCGACCUUCCGCAUCAUCUCCCCUCACCAUUCCCAACAACAUCAAUCGUCAACCAAAUAUUGAUACAGACGAUGAAAUUCCUUGCCACUACCGCCCUCAUCGGCGCUGCGACCGCUGCUGUUGCUCCUCAACAGCAUGUCUUCAAGAACCCGUUCCACCAAGAGCCGAUCGUUGGUGACUCCAAGGCAUCGCCUUCCUGGAGCUCAUUGCUCGGUCCGCUGGCGGAGAGCAUGAAUAACAUGGGCGCUGAGGCGAAGGCCGUCUGGGACGAGGUGACGAUGAUGUUCCCCGAGCAGAUGAGCAAGGCAAACUUCCUGUCGUCUCCGAAGCCAAGCAAGAAGAGACCGGAUAGCACAUGGGACUACAUCGUGAAGGGUGCUGAUGUACAAGGUAUUAAGAUUAUGAAUGAGAAUGGCGAGGAAGAGAGGGCUAUUGAUGGCCACCUUGACUCGUACAAUCUGAGAGCUAAGCACGUUGACCCAAAGAAACUGGGCGUUGAUACUGUGAAACAGUACAGCGGCUAUUUGGAUGACGAGGAGAACGAUAAGCAUCUCUUCUACUGGUUCUUUGAGUCUCGCAAUGAUCCGGUCAACGAUCCCGUCGUUCUCUGGCUCAACGGCGGCCCAGGCUGCUCAUCCCUCACUGGUCUCUUCCUUGAGCUUGGCCCAUCAUCCAUCGAUAAGGACCUUAAGCUUCACAACAACCCAUACUCUUGGAAUGCCAAUGCAUCUGUCAUCUUCCUCGACCAGCCCGUCAACGUCGGUUAUUCCUACAGCGGUGGCUCUGUCAGCAACACCGUUGCUGCAGGAAAGGACGUAUAUGCACUCCUCACCCUCUUCUUCCAGCAAUUCCCCCAGUAUGCGAAGCAGGACUUCCACAUUGCUGGAGAGUCAUAUGCCGGCCACUACAUCCCAGUUUUCACCUCCGAGAUUCUCUCGCACAAGAAGCGCAACAUCAACUUGAAGUCGAUUCUCAUCGGCAAUGGCUUGACUGAUGGUUUGACUCAGUACGAGUACUACAGGCCUAUGGCCUGCGGUGAUGGUGGCUGGCCAGCUGUUCUCGGGGAAAGCGACUGCAAAGCUAUGGACAACUCCCUUGCACGCUGCCAGUCUCUGAUUGAAAGCUGCUACCAAAGUGAGAGCGUCUGGUCCUGCGUCCCUGCCAGCAUCUACUGUAACAACGCCAUGAUGGGCCCAUACCAGCGCACUGGACAGAACGUGUACGACGUGCGCAGCAAGUGCGAAGACAGCUCUAAUUUGUGCUACUCUGCGCUCGGCUGGAUCUCUGAGUUCCUCAACAAGAAGGAGGUACAGGCCGAGCUUGGUGUCGAGGUCUCUUCGUACGAUUCGUGCAACUUUGACAUCAACCGCAACUUCCUGUUCCAGGGUGACUGGAUGAAGCCCUUCCACCGCCUGGUCCCAAGCAUCCUUGAGCAGAUCCCAGUGCUUAUAUACGCUGGUGACACCGACUUCAUCUGCAACUGGCUCGGUAACCGUGCCUGGACUGAUAAGCUCGAGUGGAACGGACGCAAGGACUACAAGUCUGCCGAGACAAAGGAUCUUACGAUGGGCGAGGAGAAGACCGGCACUGUCAAGUCGAGCGGGAACCUCACAUUCAUGAGGAUCUUCGCCGCUGGACAUAUGGUGCCAAUGAACCAACCCGAGCCCAGCUUGGAUUUCUUCAACAGGUGGAUCGGUGGCGAGUGGUUCAACAACUAAAUUGUUGUGGACCAUAUAUAGUCGAUUUAUUUGGUUUUGGAAGGUGUUGGUGAUUUAGGGUACUUUGAACAUAACAUGAUUUGCAUUAUUUUUUAA